AGCCCCGGUUCCGGUGCCUCGCGCACGUGGGGCGGAGCGGGGCCGGGACCGGGAUCGGGAUCGGAGCGGGGCUGCCGGGGCGCGAUGGGCGAGUUCGAGGUGCACCGGGUGCGGUUCUUCGGGCUGGUGCCCGCGGGCGUGCGCUGCCUCGCCUGCCAGCCCCGCGGCUCCCGCCUGGCUCUGGCCCGCACCGACGGCGCCGUCGAGGUGUACAACUUCGCCGCCAACUACUACCAGGAGAAGGUGAUCCCCGGGCACGAGGCGCGGACGGUGGAGUCGCUGUGCUGGGCCGCCGGGGACCGGCUGUUCGGGGCCGGGCUCAACGGGGACAUCACCGAGUACGACCUGUCUCGGCUGAGCGCGGCCCGCGGGGCCGACGGCGGCGGGGGGCCCAUCUGGAGCAUGGCAGCCAACGGCACCGGCACCCAGCUGGCGAUCGGCUGUGAGGACGGUUCCGUUAAGAUCUUCCAAGUCAUUCCUGGAGGGAUCCAGUUUGAGCGGAACCUGGACAGGCGGAAAGGCCGUGUGCUGUGCCUGUCCUGGCACCCCUCGGACACCCACAUCGUCGCCGGCUCCAUUGAUGUCUUCCGUGUCAUCGAUGUCGCUUCAGGUCAGACUGUACAGAGGAUCAUGGUGAACUAUCACGUGGAAAAGGUGAAGCGUGAGUGCGUGGUCUGGGCCAUCGCCCUCCUUUCCAGAGGCACUGUGGUCACCGCUGACUCCUUCGGGAGGGUACAGUUCUGGGACUGGCAGCAGGGCACGUUGGCAGAGUCCCAUACUGUCAGCACCUCGGCUGUGCUCUCGCUGGCUGUGGCAGAGAAGGAGGACAGCAUUGUUGUGGGUACCUCAACUGGAGCCACCUACCAGCUGCAGCUGCUGCCAGUGAAGCUGGGUGGAUCGGAGAAGCGCUGGGUGCGGACCAAGCCCUUCCAGCACCACAGCCAUGAUGUGCGGGCCGUGGCACACAGCCCCAGCCUCAUCUCUGGGGGCCUGGACGCCCAGCUGGUGAUCCGCCCGCUGAUGGAGAAGGUGCAGAAGAAGGGCUAUGAUGCAGUGCUUCGAAAAUUCACCUUUCCCCACCGACGCCUUGUCUCCUGUGCCAGGAAGGCCCGGCUGCUCCUCUUCCAGUUUUCCCAGCACCUGGAGCUCUGGAGACUUGGCUCCACUAGAGAGACUGGAAAGGAUGGUGAGGUCCUUCCCUUGUGCCGCAUGCCCGAGCACCUCGUGCAGCUCAAGAGCAAGGGCCCGGAGCACAUCUACUGCAGCUGUGUCUCACACUGUGGCACCUGGCUUGGCUACUCCACCGCCUCCCGGUUCCACCUGUACCGUGUGCGCUGCGACGGCGUCAGCCUCAGGAAGGUCCCAAAAGUGCCCAAGCUGCUGCUUCCAGCCUACCAGCUCCAGUUCUCCGCCGACUCCAACAGCCUCUUCGUCGCCUCUGCUCGAGGAUCUGUCCACGUGCUCCAGCUGCUGGAGCCAGGGGGCUGCAAACACCUGCACACACUUCGGCCACCUUCAGGGUGCUCUGAGGCUGUUUACCUGCUGGCGCCAAGCGCAGACGGGCACUGGCUGGCAGCCGUCAGUGGGGACUGGGCCAUCCAUGUCUACAACCUGAAAAGCUUCAAGCAUCACUGCGUGGUGCCCACCUACAGCUGUGCAGUGUCAGCCCUCGCUGUUGCUGGAGCUGGAGCUGCCCCUGUGCUGGUGUGGGGGUGACUCCAGCUGGUGGAGUUCAGCAUCCCUGAGCAGCAGUACACGGCCUGUCAGAGACCUGCUGCUGGGGAGCUGAAUCCCUCACACAUCCUUCUCCAUGACACCUACUUGUUCUGCGUCCUGGACAAGUCCCUGCCCCUGCCCGAUGACAGCACCCCCCUGAUGAACCAGAGCACCCUGAAACAGCUUCCAGAGACAGCCAGGAAGCGGCAGCUCGACGCCUUCAAGAUCUGCAAGAAGUUCCAGCCCCAAGUCUUUGCGGAUCUGCUGGAUGAGAACUCCCUGGUUGUGGUGGAACGACCCAUCAUGGACUUCAAAACCCAGCUGCCUCUGCCUGUCCAACAGAAGAAAUUCGGCACCUGAGAGCAGAACAAGCUGCUCCGGCCUCAGGAGCUGUCUCUGUGUUGCUUUCCUGGGACACUGUAGGAAUUUUCUUAGGGUGCUGUCAGAAUAAAACCUCUCUGUUCUGUACA